UCCAUAUUAAGCCCUACUACCUGCGUCACCUGAUCAGCCAUUUUCUCUUGUUAAUCUGCUUUCUUCCAAAGAAAUUAUCAACAGAAUUAUGGCUUGCAGCAGUUUCGGUGGAAUGAGCUCCAAUGGCGGAGUACAACUCAAAAUUAAGUCCAGUGCAGAGAAGUUCUGGCAGGCCAUUGUCAACUCCACAAAAUUGUUCCCAAUUGCUAUUCCUAGCCUUUACACCACCAUUUCCCCUAGUAAUUCAGAUGGCACUGUUCGCGUCAUCACAUAUGGUGAAGAUUCUCCACGAAUCAAACAAUCAGAACAGCAAAUUACUGGAAAGAACUGGCCAGUAUUUUCUUAUACAGUACUGGGUGGGGAUAUCCUGAAAUACUACGCAAGUUUCUGCGGAGAAAUAACAAUUACUACAAUGGAUGAUGGGACAUGGGUGAAAUGGACAUGGAACGGUAUGUUCCCAAAUCCAAAUAAUCCUCUUGAUAUUGAGGUGGACUUGGACGAAAUUGCUGUGAAGACCUUGGGAAAGCUGGAUGAUUAUCUUCUUAGGGCCUAAACCUGGUGAUAUGGGAAUGAAUUGAUGACAACACUGAAAUGCGCGCGCCAAAAAUAAAUAAAAAGCUCACGCUCUUAUUAAAGUUCAUCCUUAAAACAUAUUUGAUGUAUUUUAUAUUAUACAUAUAUAAAUAAAGAACAUCUUUUAUGUAUAUGUAAAUUAGCAGAGUCUUUGCUAUUUCUAUGUAAAAGGUGUUCAUCUUUUGUUCUCGGUUAAAUACACUGCUUUAAUUGCUGUA